AUGUCAGACUCAGGAUCUCCCGCUAAAAAUGGUAGCACUAUGUACCACUCAGCCACUUACCAGGAAUAUAUCGAAAGAAUUAAAUAAUACAGGUACCCUGUUUGUUCCAAAGGUUAAGUCCAUGAUUAUUUGAACAUGGUUUGUAUUGAUGAGCGUUGCGAUGACACUCAAUAAUUGGAAAGUCUUUGUUCUAUGUGCAUUGAUAAUAACUUCCACAGAAGAGCCUAUCAUGCUCAUAAGAACUUAAAGAAGUUUUUGAGAGAUUUAGUUUAACUUAGUGAAGCAGCAGAUAAGAGUAUUAAUGAUCUUUCGGAAGAUGAGGUAGAAAAAAGAUUUAAAUGGCUUGCCAACGAAUUUAAGGCUAAGGGUAACUAAUGUUUUGACGUAGCAAAGAAUAUUUUAAAUUCCUUAGAAUAAUAUCGUUCUAGCCGUUUAGUUUAAGCACCAGAAAGAGUAGGUGUUAGAAGAAUAGUAGAUGAUAUUCUCAACAAAGAAAAUGAGCGCAAUCUUUAGAGCUCUUUAAAGAAUUUAUAAAAUUUUGUGUUUAUUGAGUAGGGAAUGCUCAAGCUAAACUCAAAGGCUUCAACAUAAUAUCGUCAAGAAAUAGAGCGUAAUGCUGAUACUUAUAUGCUUGCAGUUGAAGAUGCCCUUGAUAAACUCAAUAAAAUUCAUUUAGAUGUCUUAACUUAGCCUGGCAUCAGAAAGGAGGCUGAAUUUGCUAAAACAAAAAUAGAUAAUUAAUAUGAAACUAUGCGUUCAAUUGCCGAAAAAUCUCGUGCCAUGGAAGAAAAGGCUCAAGUUGAAGAUAAGGAGUUGACUCGUGAAAUGUGGAAUAGCGAAUUGAAAAAAAUAGCUUUGAAGAUAGAAACCAUAAAGAGGGUUGCUAUUGAAGAAGCGAAUAGAAAAGGAAACCACGGAACAGCAAACUACUGGAGAGACUGGGAAGAGCUUGCUUCGAAUGCCAAAUGUGGUUGGGGAAUAGAUGGUAAACAUUCAACAUAUCCUCAAACUACUCCUAUGUAUUGUUACAAAUGUUUCUAAAUCUACUAAGAUGCACUUAGGAGCAUAGAGCCUUUGAAAAAAGAAUACGUUUAGAUAGAAGAAAGAAUAUAAGCUCUUGGAUUCUAUAAUUGA